AUGCCGAUUACUAAAGUCCCUGUAAUAAACAGAUUUGGAGUAAUAUCAACUUCCUAUCAUGAAGAACUUUUGAAACAUAGAUCAAAAAACUUAACUGAACCACAUAUUGAACUGUCAAAAAAACCUUUGUCAAUCACAAAAGAAUUCAUCAACAAAUUCAAUGACACAGAAAAUCUAGAAGAUAAGAAGUACUUACAGGACAAGGCUAGAAAAAUGCUGUUAAGGUGCAAGAGAAGAUUAGGACUCAGCAGCUUGGGCGUGGGUCAUCAUGUAGAUCUUCCUACUGGGUGGAUUGAGGCAAUUUAUUUGGCUCAGUGCAAAGGACAAAUCCAGGAAGAAGCUCUAAAUAUGCUUUGUACUUCUUUGGAUCAUGCUUCCUUGAAUUGCAGUCACCUGCCAGCAUUAUUUUUCAUUGCUGAAUCGGUUUUGUAUAGAAUCUGCUGUGAUGCAUCCCAGAAAUCGUAUUUAUAUGCAAGUGAAAUAAAAUUGAUAAAGAUUGGAUUUUUGAUAUUUCUACGGCUGUUUGUUUAUCACCUACAUGGUAAUCUGGAAGGUUUUGAAGAACACUUGUUUAGACUUCAACCAUAUUUAUAUGCACUUAAUUUUUGUGAAUUCACCUACUACAAGUAUCCCAACAUACUUUUAAGUACGAAUUUUAUAAGGAAGACUGGUGAAAUCAUAUGCAAUCCAAAAAAGCUGCCUGAAGCACCUGAAAUCUCUAUUACAAAGGAGAAGGAUCUGGGUUAUCCUGACUUGAUAAACAAAUCUAAGCCUUACUGGAAAAGACAGGAAAUAAGCCAUUUUCUUUGGCAUUGUGUUGUUGUUUGGUCUUGUGUAAAGAACCAGCGGCCUCAGUUAAAAGAAGUACUGAAACAUCUUUUCAUACAUAAAACACAGCUUACACAACAGUUCUGGUUGGAUUCAAUUCUUGGUUUGUACGUCCUUGGGGAUGCUGCAAAAUUAAAUUUGUCUUGCUUGAAGGUUUUCAUGAAUAUUGGAAAAGAUUUUAUUUCAAAUUAUAUGACUCCUGAGAGGCAGGAAGAAAGCAAAUACUUUGACUGUUCAUGGCGGUGGAUUCUAGUCUACAUAUAUAUAACUAUUCUUGGAGACAUCUGUCUACAUGCAGCUACAUCCAAUUUGCGGAAAAUUGCUUUCAUGGGCUUCGAUGAUUAUGAAAACCUCUCAAAAUAUCUAGAACUGGGGAACAAAAAUUCAAAAGAGCAAGUCAAAUUGAAGGCAGCAAAUUUUUUAGAUCUUUUAAAGUAUUUUUCUUCACAAAUGACAUAUUACUGUUCUCAAAUGACCUGGACUUCUUACUAUGGCUUAAUAUACACUCUAGUGAAGAUGACCCGAGAACUCUAUGGAGACGAAAGACAAGAUGGACUAGGAAAUAUAUUAUGGAAAACUUUACAGAGAGUAAAAAUAGAUGAGAAGGAUGUGCGAGUUUUGAGUGCUAUUGAUAUAGCUGAGGCUGAGCUAAAUGACGCUAUAAAUCCUUUUAUUUCUUCAACAAUAAAAGCUCCAAGGAACCCAACUUUCUUCCAACAUAUAGGAGGGAAACUGGCCAGUGCACUUUCCAAACUGUUUUUACCACCUCUUGGGACAAGUAAUCUUCUUUUUAAGAGACAUGAAAAGGAGGACAAGUCAUUGAAUUGUCAAAUACCUCAAUACCAGAUGGAGAAGAAACUUAUACACAUAUUUUUAAGGGAAAGACCUCAGGUAGGAGAAAUAAUCUAUCCCUAUCCAGAUGUCAUUACCAGAGGAAAUGCGGCAUUGAGAGCUCUUGUUGAAAACCAGUGGAAGAAGGAUGAGGAGCUAAGAAUUUGUUUAGAAGAGCUAUGUCUGGCCCAACAAAAGAAACAACAAAGAAGAGAGGAUGCAGAGCACUUUAGAGAAAUGAUGAAAAGAAGGGAAGAAAAAGUACAUAAGACAACCAAACCCUAUGCACUAUCUGAGCAAACUUCCUCUGAGGAAAUUGAGCCAAAAAUUGAUAGAAGUUCAUCAGAUGAGUCAAGUGUAGAAGAGUCAUACUGCAUAGGAAAACUUUGCAGUGAGUGA